AUGUCAGGUGCGAGUACUAAUCCAGAGACUAAGGAAUCUAUUUUCAAACUCAUUUUUGACAUUCAGUCUGAGUCGCCUUCAGAAUCACUGGCCACAACUGCCACAACUGCACAGAACUUUCAAUCACCUGCCAUGCAAAUGCAACAACCUGAGUCAGAUCCUGAAUCACCUACUGCAAAUGCACAAGUACCAUCUGUCAUUUCAUUGCCACAGACAGUUCCUAUGGAAGAUGGUGAUCAAAAAGUUCACAUAUGGGACGAAACUGAAGAAAGACAACUGAUUUCCCAAAGAACAAAUAUAGAUGAAGCCUUCCAUAAAAAUAAAAACCAUGACACAUUAUGGCAAAAAAUUUUUGAAAACAUGAAUGCUGAAGGAAUUAAGGUUUCUAAGCUACAAAUACUUAAUAAAUAUAGAAAUAUAAAAAGAAAAUACAAAGAAACUAUCGACUUAAAUAAGCAAACUGGAAACGAGAAGCACGAAUUUAAAUACCAAAGAGAAUUUGAUAACUUGUUCGACCACAAGGCAUCCACAAAAGCAACAGUGUCAUUUGACAGUGGUGUACCGGUAAAUCAGCAGAAAAAAAAGAAAGAGAAUGAUAAAAAAAAAAGUCAACCUAAAAAGCGCUCUGCUGAAAGCAUGAUUAUGAAAAUGGAAAUUAUGCAUAGAGACAUGAGUGAACAAAUUCAAAGGCACCAAGAAGAAAAGCUGCGAAGGUUUGACAGACUAAUCGAUAUUUUCGAGAGAUCUGUUGAUCAAAACUAA